GGUGAUUUAAAAAAUUGCACUGAAUGUGAACUUCGCUAUUAAAAAUUGUAAACCCGACAAAUGAGCUUCGUGGAAGACCACAAGUAAACCCCGUUCAACUUCCUUUUUUCUGUCAACAUGGCUCCUAAAAAGAAGGGAACCGAGAAAGCUACAAAGAAGCCAGCCAAGUCUGAAGCCUCCAAGGCAAAAUCUGGAAGUGACCAGCCAAAAGCUGUAGCAAAGGCUGCAAAAGCUAAGAAGAAUGUCCUUAGAGGAAUUCACAGUAAACGUAGCCGUAAAGUACGCACUUCAGUACAGUUCAGGCGACCUAAAACACUGAAAUUACCCAGGGCACCAAAAUACCCAAGGAAGAGUGUGCCAAGGACACCAAAGUUGGACCAGUUCAGAAUUGUGAAGUUCCCACUGACCACUGAAUCGGCUAUGAAGAAGAUUGAGGACAACAAUACAUUGGUGUUCAUUGUUGAUAAGAGGGCCAACAAACCACAAAUACAGAGUGCUGUUAAAAAGUUGUACGAUAUUGAUGUUGCAAAGGUCAACACAUUGAACAGACCUGAUGGUGAGAAGAAGGCAUAUGUACGAUUGGCACCGGACUAUGAUGCUCUAGAUGUUGCUAAUAAGAUUGGCAUCAUAUAGACAGUUUGUUAUGUGCUGUACAUAGUCUAAUGAAAAUAAAGAGAAAAAACAUGAAA